AUGGAUGUCAUCCAACCCAAUACGCCGGCAGAGGACGCCGUUCGUGUUUCUGCCAAGCGGACGGCGGAGCUCUUUGGCUCUGACUACCUCAUGGUGACACCCUCGACGUACAACGGUUCGAUCGGCCUCUCGUAUCGACGCAAAGCAGAAUAUCAGGAUGUUCAGGAGCUGCCGCCAGCCCUGGCAGAGAAACAGGCGAAGCUCGCUGUCGGCCGCUCGAAACGGCCCAAGAUUCAGUCGGCACAGAAACAGCAGGGUGCUGGGGACCAGAGCGGCGCGUCGAUGGCGCUGGUGAAGAAAGCUCCCGGACUGAGCGGUGCUGCAGCAGGCGAGAGCCAGGCGAAGAGUUUGAUCCAGAGGCCAUCAGCAACCCGGCAGCAACCCCCAGAAUGGCACGCGCCCUGGAAGCUGAUGCGAGUGAUCUCGGGCCACUUGGGCUGGGUACGGAGUCUGGCGGUGGAACCGAACAAUGAAUGGUUUGCGAGCGGCGCCGGCGACCGGACGAUCAAGAUCUGGAAUUUGGCGACGGGGGCUCUACGACUCACCCUGACGGGCCAUAUAUCAACGGUUCGGGGGCUUGCCGUCUCACCACGGCAUCCGUAUCUCUUCUCCUGCGGCGAGGACAAGAUGGUUAAGUGCUGGGACCUGGAGACGAACAAGGUCAUCCGCCAUUACCACGGCCACCUGAGCGGUGUUUACACGCUGGCGCUGCACCCGCGGCUUGACCUACUGGUGACGGGCGGCCGCGACGGCGUCGCUCGCGUGUGGGACAUGCGAACCCGCAGCAACGUCCAUGUGUUGUCGGGACACUCGGGCACCGUCGCCGACCUCAAGUGCCAGGAGGCCGACCCGCAGGUGAUCACGGGCUCGCUGGAUGCCACGGUGCGCCUGUGGGAUCUGGCGGCGGGCAAGACGAUGGGUGUGCUGACGCACCACAAGAAGGGUGUGCGCAGCAUCGCCACGCACCCGCGCGAGUUCACCUUCGCCAGUGCUAGCACGGGUAGUAUCAAGCAGUGGAAGUGCCCCGAGGGCGCCUUCAUGCAGAACUUCGAGGGCCAGAAUGCCGUCAUCAAUACCCUCGCCGUCAACGAGGACAACGUCCUCUUCUCCGGCGGCGACAACGGCUCCAUCUCCUUCUGGGACUGGAAGACCGGCUACCGCUUCCAAUCCAUCGACACCACCGCCCAGCCAGGCUCCCUCGAGGCCGAGGCCGGCAUCAUGUCCUCCACCUUCGACCGCACGGGUCUGCGCCUCAUCACCGGUGAGGCUGACAAGACCAUCAAAAUCUGGAAGCAAGACGAGGAGGCCACGCCCGAGACGCACCCGGUCACCUGGGCUCCUACUCUGGGCAGGCAGCGAUACUAG